AUGUUCAUGUUCCAAAGACAUGGAUAUACUGAUGACAGACUGCCAAUGGUUGAUAACCCGCCAUGCCAAGAUACGUUUCCUCCGCGGAUCUGGAGUGACCUUAAGAUAGAUAACUUCCGAGAGAAGCAGUGGAAGUGUUUAGUUCCAGUAUUUGCCCAAAAAAAGUACGACUACGACCUGAAAGCGGAAUGUAUAUUUCCUUUCACUUCAGACGGUGCAGUCCCAAAGGAUGGCGCUUUCAGUUCCGUAUAUCGUGUUACUAUACACAAAGACCACCAUGAAUAUCCGGAGAUGCAGCAGGUAGCGCUGAAGGAGCUCAAAGUACCCCAAGGAGGAGAGCAAGCUGCUGGAACCGACCGGGCCUGGAACUUUGAAGCCAACGCUCUAGAAGCUAUCAACAAACUCGACCAUGCCCACAUCGUGAAAUGUAUUGCAGCUAUUCGCAGAGGCCAUAGUCGCUAUUUCAUGUUCCCUUGGGCAGAUGGAGAUAGUUUGCGCGAUUAUUGGAACAACACGCCCCGAGAAGCUCCCAAUUCAUACAUUUUAAAACAUACCAUCUUACAGCUUAGAGGUAUUGCGGAUGCUUUGGAUCGACUUCACAACUUCGAUGGUGGUCGCGCAGAAUUAGAAAACGGUGUCAAUGGGUUAACAAUAAGGCUGAACGACUCGAAUAUUGUGGAAUCGCACCUGAUCCAUGGAAGCGACGCUGGUAGUGACAAUGGACUUGACAGUGAGGUAGACGACUACAAGAACGCGGAGCAUGCGGAAUCCAUCAGACAUGGUGAUCUGAAACCGGAGAAUAUUCUCAGAUUUCUUGGUAACGGAUCAAAGCUCGACCUAGGGACUUUGAAGAUCGCAGACAUGGGCCUUGCAAAACGACACGUGGUGGCUACACAGGAGCGAGGGAAGGCGACAAGUACCAGAUACGGUACCCGACGAUACGAAGCGCCAGAGACUGUUACCGGCGAGAAUGCGCGCUCCCGGUUGUACGAUAUUUGGUCAAUGGGAUGCAUUACGUUUGAGUUCAUUGUCUGGAUCCUGUAUGGCAACGACGAGUUGAGCAACUUCUACAAACAGAUCGAAGGAAACACACAACAGAUUUGCCAGUACUACGAAGUCUUGGACGCGAGCGAACCGGAGAGCGCCAGAGUCCACCCUACAGUCCUUAAGUGGAUGGAUCACGUACAGACUAAGGAUCCGGAGUGUUCAGCAGGGCGCGACUCGGCGACCAAAGAUCUGCUCAAAAUCGUACGCGAGAUGCUGUUAGUCGUCAACUUACCACCUAACAGAAAGAGUGGAACUAUUCGCGGUCGACCUUUACUUCCUCCAGCACUCGGCCAGUCUAUUGCACACUAUCGAGCCACUGCUGCGCAGUUUCGGGAUGCGCUUGAUCGCAUAUUGGGAAAAAGAGAUGUACCUGGCUACAUGUUCACUGGCAAAGACCGCACCAACGUCAGGACGCCGACGUUCACUGCCCCAAUGCUAUCGCCGAAUAGUGCUAGCCUCCCAUUGAGUAAUCUACAACCUUCAGGACCGCUCAAGAGCGGAGUGCUCGGUCGGCCUAUUGGUACCGACUAUACGCUCCCGCCUCUCAAAGAUUGGGAGUUUCAGAUCGAUAACAGCUUCACCGAAAAAGUUGUCGGCACGGUCGGUAUGCAGGCAUUCAUGCCACAAGCAGAUAUUAAUCGCCAACUUUGUACUCUGUGCUCGACGCGGAACUUUCUGAAGGGCGGUUUUAGCAUUGAGGAGCAGGUGUCUACGUUGGAAGAUCGUGCGCCGAAAUGUGAUCUCUGCAGAAUGCUGUACGAGAUUCACAGCCAAGCCGAAGACCCUAAAGGAGAUCGAGCGAGAUUCCAGAGAGACCAGUCAAGCAUCAUCAUGACGGGUGACUCAUAUCCUGUUCUUUCCCUCGUCAGGAGUCCAAAUAUGGACCUUCCGUGUCCUAUACAAGUUGGGUUUCCAGAGCUUCCCGAAGCUGGAUCAGAUGCUUUUUUCAAUAUCAUAAAGCUUUGGCUCGAAGAUUGCGAUACAGAGCACACGGGCUGUCAAGGGCUAUCUCAGAGUCUGCCAACAAGACUGCUCGACGUGGGCACCUCUGAUGCGCCUACGUUGCGUCUCGUCGAGACGAAGCUAGAGCACAUCUCGAGCAAACAAUAUAUCGCACUGUCGCAUCCAUGGGGAGAUACCACAAAGUACACACCGUUUUGUACCAUCCCAGAGAAUCUAGCCAAUCAUCUAUAUGCUAUUCCCGAAGGCGAUCUCCCAGCGACCUUUCGGGACGCUGUCAGAUGUACACGAAGGAUCGGCAUUCGCUAUUUAUGGGUGGACUCGCUUUGUAUCAUCCAAGGUGAGUUCGGAGACUUUAACGAUGAGUCCAAAAAGAUGGAAGCAGUUUUCAGUGGAGCGUACUGCGUGCUUGCUGCAAGCCGAGCAAGCAACCAACUGGAUGGCUUUCUUGGUCCCAGGCCUCAGCGUGAGUACAUUACCAUUCAGCGAGGCAACAGAAAACCCUUCUUUGUCUGCAAGACGAUCGACAACUUCAGUAAAGAUGUUAUCGAGGGGUCGCUGAACAAGAGGGGCUGGGUGCUGCAAGAGCGCGCGCUAGCACGGCGGACUAUCUACUUCACCAGAAAUCAGUCAUACUUCGAGUGUGGACAAGGGGUCCGAUGUGAGACCCUGACUAGACUGCACAACAACAUGGCAGACUUCCUCGGCGACCCAAACUUCCCUAACAAGGCCAUGCGUGCCAAUCGCGCGCGAAAGAUCGCUUAUUUCCAAGGCCUCUACAGACAAUACUCCCGCCUCGACUUCACCCACUACUCUGACCGGCCGUUUGCUAUCGCAGGUCUCGAGAAGCGUCUGCAAAAUGCAUUCACUACACGAGGAGCAUUUGGUAUCUUCGACGACGGGGACAAAGAGGACGGCGGGCUCUUUCAUCGGAGUCUACUGUGGCAACGCGGUGAGGAGAGUGGCGAUUUGCCGAACAUGACGCCGAUCGAUUUUCCGUUGGGUCGCAAAGUGAAAGUCCCAAGCUGGUCCUGGAUGGCGUAUAGAGGUGGCAUAGACUAUAUCGAUCCACCUUUCGACCAAGCAAAUUGGGAGCGCACCGAGAUAAUUCCACCUUGGACUCGUGGUGGUAAUAAACUCUCCACGGCAGAUACCAGUCCUCAGGAUGACGAAAUCGCUAUCAUAGCAUGGGUCCGCGACUUCAAAGUUGCUGGGCGAUUGCCGGAGGAGGUCAAGAUAACGUACGAUGCUGAGCGAACGAGCGCGAGUGACGGUCAAACGCCUCAGUGCGUGAUCGUCGCAAAGAUGAAGGGUGGGAGCUCGAACUCGCUAAGAAGAUACUAUGUCUUGAUUGUAGCAGCGAUCCAGGGGACAUCGGGCAGGGGCGAGAAGAGGUACAGGAGGGUUGGAGCAGGAUUUAUGUUGGGAAAGUACAUCUCAUUGGAAGGAGAGGGACUUGUUGCGAGGAUUGUUUGA